AUGGCCUCAAAACCGGCGAAAGAGUCCCAGAACGCGGGCAAUCCAAACCAGACACUCUUUCUCAAGAACCUCCCCGAAAAGAUCAACAAGAAAGAGCUGAAACGUGCCCUGUACAUGCUCUUCUCUAUCUACGGUCCCGUCCUCGAUAUUGUCACAAGCCGCAUUGGAUCGAAAGGGCAGAGCAUGCGAGGACAGGCCCACGUGGUCUUCCGGGACAUACAGACGAGCACACAGGCCAUGCGAGCUUUACAAGGGUUCGACUUCUUUGGCAAGGAAAUGGUUAUUGUCUACGCAAAGGGCCAAUCGCACAUAAUCCCGAAACUCAGAGGGACCUUCGAGUCUCCCACUACUGCUGCAACUACUGCUUCUGAUGCCACAGCUUUACAGAAAUCCAUCUUUAAUGCUCCACCAAGUGGAAUUCCAAGCAAGCCCGUCGAGACUGGAGUCAAACCAGCAGGAACCACUCCCGAUGGAGGCCCACACGGCACAAAGAGACCAAGAGACGAGGAAGAGGAGGAAGAGAGCGAAGUGGAAAUGGAGGAAGACGAGGAUGAUGCCCCAAUGGAGGAAGAUGAGGAUGAUUAA